UCUUUCAGACUCAUAUUAUAUUUACGUCGUUUUGUGCAAUUUGGGUAGCUUCUUUUAUCUCAACCCAGUUAGUGUUUCUUGGACAACUUUGCAAAUCUGUUGUUUCCAAUAAUGUCCAAAGAAUGUCGACUUUGUUUACGGCAUGAGCAGAAUUGUGUCUCGCUAUUCGCUAAACGAAGGGGUACCACAUUGGCUGAAAUUGUACGAUUUUGCGCCCGUGUCGAGAUAUCAAAGGAUGACGGACUGCCAGUCGAUGCAUGUGGGAGAUGCGUGGAUGAAGCAUUGAAUGCAUAUCUAUUCGUCAACAAAUGCCGGAGAUCCGAUGCAGAAUUGCGUACAGCGCAGGCCAACUUCAGGGAUGAUGAUUUCCUACAUUUUAGUCAGGAUGAAGGAGAGUCUGAGAGCAAUGAUAAACUUACAUUCAGUGCUGUGUUGGAUUCUGACCCAGAAGCGCAACCAAUUGAAUCGGUGAUGGGAGAUUCGACGCCUAUAGCAGAGGAUAGCACACCGAUUGAUGAAAUAUUGGCUGAUGUUCAUCAAGUUGUUCCGUACUCAGAUGUUGCAGAAAAGGAAACAUUCAGUUCAACUAACGAAGAUUCGUCGUCAUAUAAUGCAACGGAUAUUGAGAAACAUGUGGAAAUCAAUGAUCAACAAGACGAGAAGGUUUGUGAGGAAGAUGCACAUACUAUCGAGAAAAAUGAUCCUUUGUGUCAGGUGAAGCAGGAAACAGUAAAUUUAGAAUCAAUAGAACUAGAGGAUGAGAACACCGACCAGCCAUUCAUGGUAGAGUAUUUGGAUGAUAAUUACAAAGACGAUUUUACAGAAGCGAUAGAAGCUGAAUGUAUGCAGUACGAAGUAGAAGCAUUAGAAGAAUCAGAAACGGGAGAAGAGGUACAGCUUCUAAUAUGCUGUGGAGUGCGAUGCAAGAUUGUUUUCAACAGUAUAGAGGACAUGAAGAAACACUCAGAAACAGUUCAUUUGCCUCAUAGAGAAUUAGAAAACAAAGAAAAAUUGUACGAAUGCAAAUGCUGCUAUACACGAUUCAACUCGGAGAAGAGCCUAACAAUGCACUCAAGAAAAUCACAGCAUUGCACUAUCUGUUCACAAUAUUUCUCAUCUCUUAAGGAGAGACGAUUGCACAUGCACAAAGUUCAUGGACAUUCUAGUCCAGUUACAGAGAAGCAAUCAUCUCAAAGGAUCUGUUGCGGGUGCUAUGAGGAGUUUUCUAGUGAUGAAAAUCUAAAGCUUCAUGGCGAAGCCGUUCAUUCGAUACGAAAAAGUGCCGUCGACGAAACCAAACCUUAUCAGUGCAACAUUUGUUAUAAGUUGUUCCGGACGUUCGAAAGUCUACGAAUCCAUCAACGAUUUGUGUAUAGGCCGAAGAACUUUGUUUGUAGUCUAUGCGGUCGAGCCUUCGAUACCCGAUCCAAGUUGCAAACGCAUGAGUUGGUGCACUCGGACAAGCGCAACUUCCAGUGCGAAAAAUGUUCAAAAUCGUUCAAAAAGGAAAUUGACCUCAAAAGCCAUUCACUGCUGCACGAGGAGAAGCGGGAAGAAUGUAGCUUCUGUGGGUUAAAAUUCCAUCGGAAAUCAAAUCUGAAAAUGCACAUGCGGAAGCAUCAGGACACCUUCUUCUACGCUUGUUCCGAGUGCCCGAGAAAGUUCAAAAACAAUUCACAUCUAAAGGAACACUUCAAGGUGCACUCGAAGCAGAAGCCUUAUCCGUGUAGUUUCUGCGAUAGGUCGUUUGCCUAUAGCAGCGAUCGGAAACGGCACGAGAUGACCCAUACGGGCAAUUAUCCGUUUGAAUGUGGCUCGUGUUUGAAGAAGUUCUCCCGUAAAACGACCUACGAGAAGCAUAUGUCCCAUUGUCAGGAGGGCGCAGAAGAGGAUUAUCGGGAUUGAAUUUAUUUUUUAAUGGACAAAUAUAUCUAUAAGGAUAGAGCAAAAAAAAAUAGUUUCAUUUGAAA